UAAAUACAUGGAGAAAUGCAUAAAAGCGUGAGGGUGGAUUGGGACAGGACGCACCCAAACCGAAUCUCAGCUGAUUUUGGAUGGCGCUUGCUCCGUGAAGUAGAGUACGUCUCCAUGCAAUCAAUCUUUUGGUCGCUGGGAUCUCCGUCUUCCUCUCACCAGGCAUUCGAUCCGAUGUAUCAGCUGGAGGCCAUGGACGACUCCAGCUUGUUCAUGCAGUGGGCCGUCGACACGCUGCAGCACGAGCACCCGCCAGCCCCCGCUGCUGCCUACGCCGGCGGCGGCACCUUCCCGUCACUCGAAGAGCUCCGCCGCUCGGCGCUGCAGCACGGCACGGCACAGGACGGCCACCGUCACUUGGCCGCCGACAGCUGGAGCUCCGGCGACAGCGCCGGGGGCGGCCACGAAAACACGUCCGCCGCCGUCGUGGAGAACGACGUCUGGUCGUCCAACUCGGCCAAGUGCGCGACGGCCUGCAGCGUCGGCAGCAGCAACCACCUGCCGAUGAGCUGGAACUUCACCUCGGCCCUGGCGCAGCCGAGCAACGAAGCCCCCGCCGCCGCCGCUCCUCCCUCUGGAGCGCACGACGGCCCCGGCGUGACGGUGCCGGAGCAGGCCCACGUGUCGGCGCCGACGUCGAGGAGAGCCUCCGCCGCCAAGGGCGCCGCCAGGGCAGCUGGGCACACGCCGUACGCGCAGGACCACAUCAUGGCGGAGCGGAAGCGCCGGGAGAAGAUCAACCGGCGGUUCAUCGAGCUCUCCACCGUCAUCCCCGGCCUCAAGAAGAUGGACAAGGCGACGAUCCUCUCCGACGCCGUCAAGUACGUCAAGGAGCAGCAGGAGAAGCUCAAGGCGCUCGAGGACCGCAGCCUCAGGAGCGUCGCCGUCGAGUCGGUGGUGCUCGUCAAGAAGAAGUCGCGCACCGCCGCGGCCGCGCCGGAAGACGACUGCCCGUCACCGUCUGCAGGGGCGGUAGCUGUAAGCACGACGACGACUACGACGACCGGCGGCAGCGCGCUGCCGGAGAUCGAGGCGAGGAUCACGGAGAGCAACGUGAUGGUGAGGAUCCACUGCGAGGACUCCAAGGGGGUGCUUGUCAGGCUGCUCGCCGAGGUCGAGGGGCUGCACCUGAGCAUCACCCACGCCAAUGCCAUCCAGUUCCCGGCUUGCACUGUCAUCAUCACCGUCAUGGCCAAGGUGGACGACGGGUUCAGCGUCACGGCGGAGGACAUCAUUGCCAAGGUCGAGGCGGCGUUGCCUGCACCCACGUCAUAGGGCCGGGAUAACAAUGCUCCUCCGGCAGAGAUCGAUGAGAUCGAGGUUCAAGAACACAUGGAGCCAUUAAAAACAAAGUAGGAGUAGAGAAACACAUGUACUCCUACCCUACACAUGCUGGCAGAGUGUUCGUCACGGCGAACCUCCGGCAGAGAUGGAUGGACUGUCAAGCCAUCCAAAUAAACUACUUCUCGGCACGCGCGCAUGUUUGAUUCAACGGGUGCGUAUAUCACGCCUUAAAAUGCUUUCCAACUUUCGGGACAAA